CGCACCGGAGCCCGCCCGCAGAGCCUGCCGCGAUGGCUGAUGAGCUCAGUGACCUGCUGCGGGAGUUUGAUGAGGUGAUGGAGGACUUCGACAGAGGCGCUGUGUGUCAGUACGAGCAGCACCUGGAGGAGCUGAAGAGGAAAGCGGGACACAGCGUGUACGACAGCGGCAUUGAUGAGCUGGAGAGUACCAGCACGUCCCCAGGAAGCAGUCUCAACUCCAGCGAGGAGGACCUCAACACCCCUGCCAAUGCUUACCCCUCCAAAGCUAAGCUUGGUGACACGCAGGAGCUGGAGGAGUUCAUUGCGGACCUGGAUAAAGUGUUGGAGGAGAUGUGAGAUGUGGUUUUGGUGGCGAGUUUGGAGAGGAGGACCCGCAGCAGAUGAGCCCCGUGCCUCCCCGAUGCACCCUCUGCUUCUGUGCCCCUGCCACCCACCGCCUGCGUGGGCGACAGCUCUCCCGUGCCACGCUGCUCCGUGCCGGGGACGGGCAGCGCCAGCCGCGAGCAGGGGCUGAUCCAGCAAUGGGACGGGCAGCUGGGCUGUGAUGGUGGCCGGGCCUUGCUCUGCUCCCAUGUGCGGGGCAGGACCCUGCCAACAUGAGAUGGGACGAGCUCUCGCUGGGGGCACCAGGCUCUGCCCUACGAGGGGGGCUGGCAGCUCUUGUG